CUCUAUGAAUUUCAUGUGACAUUCUGUUCCGAUUCCACGGCAAGCGUAGACUUCUCUUUAGCUUCGUCCGUUAAUAAACACUAAGGUUGUCAGUGGAAAAUUCUUCCUCAUAUUUCAGGCAAAUUUACUGAAGAUUCGGAAUGUCGGGUUUGUGCUGCGUUACAUCCUGUCCGAAGCGAUUGGAUAAGAACCGGAAGACGUUCCCCUUCCCGAGCGAGACAAAGCGGAAGAAGCAGUGGGUUCAGGCUAUUCAGCAUGUGCACAAGAACUGGAUUCCCUUGGCCUUUAACAGAAUCUGCAGUGAACAUUUCAAGCCAAAUGAUUUUUACUUGAACCAGAACGCAAAGGAGUAUGUUUUGAAACAAACAGCUGUUCCUUCGAUAUUCCAAAAAGAAGCUCCUGCUCCCGCGCCGUCUAUGAAAACCCGACAGGCGUCCUUUACAGCAAUUCCCAUAAAGAACGAGAAUGAUUUCAGCUAUGAAGAGGAAGAUAUAGAGCAGGCGGACGAUGCGAAUACGACUGUAAUCGAAGAGUAUCUAAUCGAAGAAGAUCCUUUGACCGGCAAUGCAGAAGAGUACAAAUACUCUGCGAGCACGAGCAAAUUCUACGGACAGGAAGAAGCCAGCGAUUCCGAUGACGGAGAAGUCAUAGAAAUGCUCCAAAGCCCUGAGGAUUCUUCCCUGACAUUGAAGCUUUCUAAGUUGAUCUCGGAGGAGAACAUAUCGAGCUCAUGUGCCGAGAAGCUGCUCAGCAUACUCAAGCAGCACGGACACGCUGAACUCCCAAAGAAGUCUGAGGAACUUGUGGAAACCCUUGAGCCGGAUAUCGCGGACACCGCCGACAUUGCGGACAACGAAGAGAUUGAUCAUAUGAACAAAGUAUUGGAUUACGUGACGGAGGAAGCCAAAAAUAUCGAGGCUAAGAUGCAAUUCAAGCUGAACUUCCUCUCCAAAUGCCUGAACCGGAUCGAGUGCAAACUGCAGGCAAUCUCUGCAAGGAGGAUGGAUAGUAACUCAUCAAGUGACUUGCUCGCAAGUACAUUCAUAAACUUGUUUCCGAUCGAGAAUAUCGAGAAAUUAAUGCAGAUCGAGGAUAAAAUAGGCGAAGAUGAUGAAUUGGAGGCGAACAUCAGAUCUAUGAUUAAAUCUCAUCCCCAAAAUUGGCUGAAACACAUGUUUGCCGAUGACCUGAUGGAGGAAUUCACUCUAAAUGGAUCCAAGAAUAAGGGCAAUUUCCUUGAGCUGAAAAUUAUUCGAUGCAUUGAAAAGUAUGUUUCUCGCGGCGAUAUUUUGCACCAGAAGCGGCAAUGCAAGGAUCGCUACAAUAAGACUGUGCAGAGAAUGAAAAGGAAAACUCAGCAAGCUUCGGAUGAUGGGCAGUGAGAUGUAAUGAUUGACGGAUUCAAGACACACUGAAUAAGAAUUCUUUUCACUAUUAUAUUCUAGUAUUUAACUGUUGAACUCA